CUUUUUUUGUUAUGACACCAAAUUAUAAAGUUAAAAGCUUUCAACAGGUCUACCACACAAAUCAUAUUCGCUCGUUCUCUUUCUCUUUCUCAAUCUAAUCUCUCCAGUGACUGAGUUGUGUUUUUUAGUGGAAGAAGAAUCUGAUUCAAAGCCCCCAAAAAGACUAAAGCUUUGGUGAUGGGAUCUGGAGCUGGAAAUUUCCUCAAGGUUCUUCUCAGGAACUUCGAUGUUCUUGCUGGGCCUGUGGUUAGUCUCGUUUAUCCUCUAUAUGCUUCAGUCCAGGCGAUUGAAACUCAGUCUCACGCUGAUGACAAACAAUGGCUAACAUAUUGGGUUCUUUAUUCUCUACUUACACUCAUCGAGCUCACGUUUGCCAAACUCAUCGAGUGGUUACCGAUAUGGUCAUACAUGAAGCUGAUCUUGACUUGCUGGCUUGUUAUUCCUUACUUCAGCGGCGCUGCUUAUGUCUAUGAGCAUUUUGUGAGGCCUGUGUUUGUUAACCCACGGAGCAUUAAUAUUUGGUAUGUGCCAAAGAAGAUGGAUUUCUUCAGAAAACCAGACGACGUGUUAACAGCUGCUGAGAAGUACAUUGCAGAGAAUGGACCUGAUGCUUUCGAGAAGAUCUUAAGCCGGGCCGAUAAAUCAAGAAGAUAUAAGCAUGAACAUGAAAGUUAUGAAACAAUGUAUGGUGAGGGUUAUCAGUACUAAGAGACCUUGGAAAAGCUUUUUAAAAUUUAGAAUGUGUGAAGCAAGUUUCAUGUCUUUGAUGUUGUUUGUCUUGCGUUAGUUUUGUGGAUCUCUGUCGUGUAAAAAAAAGCUGAUCUUUAUUCUCAAAUUUGACUCUUAGAAUCGAAAUUUUCAUAUUCCUAUGUUUUCUUUUAAUAUAUUAUCUAUGCAUGUUUCAAGCUUUCAA